AUGACGAAGUCCAGUUUAAGGCAGUUGGUGAAAGAAGAACACCAAUUGCAGUCAGCGUUGGAGAAUGUGCAAAAGUUUGUGGAUAAUUUCGACGAAACUCGUGAUCAAGAUGUGGUUGAAUUUCGUUUAGUGAAGCUAGAUGACAUUUUCGACCGCUUCUGUGCAGUUAGAGUGAAGAUUGAUGUGCUUCUAGACGAAACUGGUGAAGACUAUGAAAGUGCUGGUGAUGAAGAAGGUGCUGGUAGUGUGAAGUCCAUUCCUACCCGCACUGACAGUGUUCGUACCUACCAAGAUUUCGAGAAUUCGUACUUUCGACUGAAGUCAGCACUGCUUGCAAAACGGCCCAGAACCCAACUAGGAGUUUUGGAGUGUCAACCUGCGGUCGUAGGUGUUCAGCCAUCACGAUUGAAGUACCCAGAAUUGAAGUUACCGUCGUUUUCCGGAAAGCUGCAGGACUGGAUCAACUUUCGCGAUAAUUUCCGAUCGCUGAUUCACGACAACGCAGAGCUGAGUCCCAUCGACAAGUUUAAUUACUUGCGUGCUUCGUUGAGAGAUGAUGCGCUACUGCAGAUCAACCAAGUUCAAGUGAGCGCUGCAUCGUACCCUAUUGCCUGGGGAAUCCUCGAAUCGAGGUAUGAAAAUCAUAAGCUGAUAGCUCAUGAGCACCUGAAAGCGCUGUUUGCAGUUCCGUCAAUGAAGUCGGAGUCUUUCGAAGCACUGAACGUUGGCCUAACGACGUUCAAGGUCAAUCUACAGCAGUUGGAGAAGCUUGGAGAAAACACCAACAAUUGGAGCACUCUUCUGGCGUUCAUGCUAUCGCAGAAACUAGAUACCGCUACGCUCCGCCAAUGGGAGACUCAUCAUGGGUCCAAGGACAUCCCGCGAUAUGACGCCUUGCUAGACUUUCUGGAUAAGCAUUGCGCGAUUCUGCAGUCUACUUCGACACGGAGUGGAUUCGAGCAAAAACGUCCGUUCAAGAGCUCAGCUGUUCACACUCUAGUGCCAUCCGCUACCAGCAGUUGUCAAAUCUGUAAUGGUGGACAGCAUAGCGUUGAGCAGUGUCGUCGCUUCAGCAAGAUGCGAGUGGUGGACAGAAAGCUGGCGAUUCGAAGACUUGGGCUCUGUCUGAAUUGCUUAUCUUCCGGACACUUCGUGGCAGAUUGUUCCAGACGUACGUGUUCCAAGUGUGGUCAACGUCAUCAUUACUUGCUGCAUCCGUAUUCUCCACCCACUUCUACCCCUCAGAAUCCGACUCCGAAUACCCCGAACAGGCCUCAAGCCGCGAACGCGAACACAAAUGCUCAAACACAGUCUCAAGGACAUCAAUCGCAAUCGAAUUCUCAAGGCCAAUCCCGGAUGAAUAAUACUCAAACAAAUCCACAAACACCUCCCGUCCAAAACACUUCUCCGCCACAUACACGACAGUCACCUCCCACAAAUACACCGACUACUUCUCACCACACUGCUACUUCACACAACAUUCGAAGUCAGCGAACUACUACACUUCUGUCAACCGCGCUCGUGAAGCUCGCCGAUCGCUUCGGAAACACAGUCAUUGCUCGUGCGUUGCUGGAUAACGGUUCGCAGAUAUGUAUGAUCACGGAGAACCUGUCUCAGCGGUUGAACUUCAAGCGCUUCCAUGAAAACCUACCGGUGAAUGGUGUUGGCGGUGCUUCAUCGGUGUCCAAACAGUCAGUGUUGGCGAGAAUCCUGUCGCGUUGUUCGUCGUUCGAAACUGAAGAAGUGAAAUUCUACGUGCUGCCUCGGAUAACGUUGAAUCUGCCGCAGCAAAGCUUCGACAUCAAUGCAAUCCUUGGCGUGUCUGUUUUCUACGAUUUGCUGAUGGGAGAGCAGAAAAGGCUCUCGGAAUCUGGUCCGAUAUUGUGCAACACAAAACUCGGAUGGAUAGUGGCCGGAGAGAUUCCAGAAACUCCUGUCACAACCCUCAGUGCAGUCACCGCUUCAGUUUCCACGGAAGAGAUCCACGAGCAGCUAGCCCGCUUUUGGGAACUGGAAUCCUGUAGAACGAAGAGCUGUCUUUCCAUCGAGGAGUCUACGUGCGAGUCGAUCUUCGAGCAGACAACGACGAGAGAUCCUGAUGGCAAGUUUCGGGUAGUACUACCGAAGAAGGAUUACGUGUUGAAGCAGUUAGGCGAAUCUAAGGCGAUUGCUACCAAGCGGUUCAUGGGACUAGAACGUCGCUUGAACGCGAACCCGGAGAUGAAGGCUCUGUACACAGAAUUUAUCCACGAGUACCUGCUGAUGGGUCACAUGCGAGAAGUUCGUGAUGACGAGGAAGAGCCGAAACACAGCUACUAUUUGCCACAUCAUGCAGUCCUGAAACCUGACAGUACCACGACGAAGCUCAGAGUAGUGUUCGAUGCGUCAUGUGCUACAGACACAGGAGUUUCCCUGAACGAUACUCUGAUGGUGGGACCGGUGGUACAGAGUGACCUCUUGUCCGUUCUGAUUCGCUUCCGACUCCAACAGUAUGCGAUCGUCGCUGAUGUGGAGAAGAUGUAUCGCAUGAUCAACGUAGUCGAAGAGGAUCAACCGCUGCAGAGGAUUCUUUGGCGAGAGUCCGUAGAUGAGCCACUCCGAACGUACCAGCUGACGACCGUGACCUACGGUACUUCUGCCGCACCGUAUCUAGCAACACGGAGCUUGAAGAGAUGCGCAGAGGAGGGAGAGCAGACGAAUCCACCCGCAGCCAAAGUCAUCAAGAAGGAUUUCUACGUUGACGAUAUGUUAACUGGAGCGAAGUCUGUGAAGGAAGGAAUACGGCUUUGUAAGGAUGUCCUGUCGCUACUUGGUUCCUUUGGUUUCAACCUCCGAAAGUGGCAUUCCAACCAGCCUGCGAUCCUGAAGAGCAUUCCACGUCACCUGCGUGACGAGCGAGAGCUGCUAGAUAUUGACGCGACAGCUACAGUAAAGACCCUCGGCUUAACCUGGGAACCGGCGACAGACUUGUACUGGUUCAAAACACCUCGCUGGAGCCCGAAGCUUCCAGUGACACAGCGUAUCGUACUGUCUGAUUCCGCACGUUUAUUCGAUCCGUAUGGUCUUGUAGGGCCAGUGAUCGUGCAGGCGAAGAUGUUUCUCCAAGAACUUUGGAAACGGAAGUAUUCUUGGGACGAACCGUUGAGCGCAAAUCUGCAAUCACAGUGGCUCGAGUUCAGAACGAACUUGGAUCGAAUCGAUGCAGUUUCCGUACCCCGCUGGAUCGCAUUCAGCGAUAAUGUGAUAUCAUGCGAACUACACGGAUUCUGUGACGCCUCAGAAAAGCGUACGGAGCAGCAAUAUACCUACGUUGCGUUGCACAAGACGGAACAGUUACAGUUCGGCUGGUGA